GAAAGGAGCUUAUUUGUUUCCAGCCAAAACCCUGGUGAAAGGAAAGGGAUUAGGGAGGGAAGGCUGCCCGGUCCUGUGACAAGGGACCCACUUGGGGUUAUCUGAUCGCUGACCUGGAGCAGGGACCUAUGACCGUGGGUCGUGUCCCCUGAGUUACAGGUUGGAAAAAACUUGCCUAGCUUCGCGUGGCAGGAGCUCCCAAGUUCACGGGUGAGCAGGGCGUGCAGGAGCGACAAGGUGCGGCGCUGAGCCCAGGCUCCGCUCGAACUGGGCGAGGGAGGGGGCGGGCGCGCAGGUCCCGCCUCCCCUGGCCGCGUGCACACACACGCCCACCGCGGCUGGGCUGGCGGAGCGCGGGCGAGUGUGAGCGCGAGUGUGCGCACGCCGCGGGAGCCACUCUGCCCUCUCCUCGCACCCUGCACAGGGCAUCUCGAGAGCCUGGAAACGUGAACAGGCUUAAAGUAUGGCAUGUUGCGAAGAUGGUUUCUGUCCAGAAGGUACCCGCGAUCGCGCUGUGCUCCGGGGUCAGCCUUGCCCUCCUGCACUUCCUGUGCCUGGCGGCUUGUUUAAACGAAUCCCCAGGACAGAACUCAAAGGACGAGAAAUUGUGCCCGGAAAAUUUUACCCGUAUCCUGGACAGUUUGCUGGAUGGUUAUGACAACAGGCUGCGUCCUGGAUUUGGGGGUCCUGUUACAGAAGUGAAAACUGACAUAUAUGUCACCAGCUUUGGACCCGUUUCUGAUGUCGAAAUGGAAUAUACAAUGGAUGUGUUCUUCAGACAGACGUGGAUUGACAAAAGACUGAAAUAUGAUGGCCCCAUUGAAAUUUUGAGGUUGAACAAUAUGAUGGUCACCAAAGUUUGGACCCCUGAUACUUUCUUCAGGAAUGGAAAGAAAUCUGUCUCACAUAACAUGACAGCUCCCAAUAAGCUUUUUAGAAUUAUGAGAAAUGGCACUAUUUUAUACACAAUGAGACUCACCAUAAGUGCGGAGUGUCCCAUGAGACUAGUGGAUUUUCCUAUGGAUGGUCAUGCCUGCCCUUUGAAAUUUGGGAGUUAUGCAUAUCCCAAGAGUGAGAUGAUCUAUACCUGGACCAAGGGCCCCGAGAAGUCAGUGGAGGUGCCAAAGGAGUCUUCUAGCUUAGUUCAGUAUGAUCUAAUUGGGCAGACUGUAUCAAGUGAAACUAUCAAAUCUAUUACAGGUGAAUACAUUGUUAUGACAGUUUACUUCCACCUCAGACGGAAGAUGGGCUAUUUUAUGAUUCAGACAUAUAUCCCAUGCAUUAUGACAGUGAUCCUUUCUCAAGUUUCCUUCUGGAUAAAUAAGGAGUCUGUUCCAGCUAGAACUGUAUUUGGAAUAACCACAGUCCUCACGAUGACCACCCUAAGCAUCAGUGCCCGACAUUCAUUGCCCAAAGUAUCCUAUGCGACUGCCAUGGAUUGGUUCAUAGCCGUCUGCUUUGCUUUUGUAUUUUCGGCUCUUAUUGAGUUUGCCGCUGUCAACUAUUUCACCAACAUUCAAAUGCAGAAAGCCAAAAAGAAGGUAUCGAAGCCGCCUCCAGAAAUUCCAGCUGCUCCAGUGCAGAGAGAAAAUCAUCCAGAAGCCUCUCUCCAGCAGCUGUAAGGAUUGGCUGAAACUCAUCUGCUUGCUAAGGGAUUCAGAAACUUCUCUGCAGCCUUGUACACAUGCCCUGUGCUUAUGACAUAUCUAGGGAGCGAGAAGAAGAAGCAUGUUUGCAAAAUGAUGAAGAAUCAUACCAUAUCAGCCUUGCGGGAUGAUUUUUACAAUAAAACUGGUCAAAAUAUUCAUCAUGUGCUUUAUGUCUACUAUCACGAGUGCCUGUGCAAGGACCUCGAUCUUUCUGGCAAUUUACUUCAAAGUGCCCGCGUUCUAAAGACAGCAACACAGGACCGGUUGCAAACGGGAGUUCAGCUCCCCACUUGGCCUCAGUGACAAGUACAACUUCAUAGGUGGAGAAGACAUUAAAUGGGAAAUAAAUUGGGAGACAGAUAAAGAGGGAGGAGAGAGUACAGAAAUGCAGAGAAUGUGUUAAGAACAAACAUUUGUAACUUGUUCCUGAAAUGAAAUGUUCUUAGAAUCCACAGUUUGGAGUGUCAGUAGAGGUUCUAAUCCGGCAGCCAAGGUUUAUUCAAAGGUGUGUUCUAAAAUAUGCCAUCAAUUACUAUUUUGAAUAAUACUGGCUUGGCUUAAAACAUGUUUGAGCACCUCAUUUGUAACAGACCUUUGAGCUUAAUGAUAUUUAGUUCAAAGGUCCUCUGGGGGUUCACUAGCAGUUUGACCGUUAGUGGCUAGGUGGAGGCUUAUGGUGACUAUUUCUGUUCUUGGAAAAUUGAAAAGAUUUUAGCUUAAUGGAAUAUUCAUGGAAAAGCCAAUUGCUGGGAUGUAAGAGUGGCUAUAAGUAGCUCAAGUAUACCUUUGGAUAUUUUAAGAGGCACAAAACUUCUGCUUCUGCUCAUCAUUACCUUAAUUCUGCCCUUGACUCUAUCCUAAUAUGUGAGUUGGACACCAUCCUUGUGAUUUUGUUCUCCCAUAUUCUUACUGCUUCUUUUUAACAUACCCACUUUCUCAUGGAUGCAGACAAUUUUGUCUGAAAGAUAAAUAACUAUAGAAUCAAAUCCAAGGUGCUUUUAAACAAUGUCAUAUAUACAUUUUAAAAGUCAGGGUGGAGACAUAGCCUAUAGGUUAAAAGCAGGUACUGCUCUUACAGAGCAUCUCAGGUCAGUUCCUAGCAUCCACACCAGGCGGUUUACAAUUGCCUGUAACUCCAGAUCCAGGGGAUCUAUCCCCUCAUCUGGCUUCUUUGGGCAUCUGCACUCACAUGCACAUACAUAUACCCAUACACAUUAGUAUUUGAUUAUAUACUUUAGUCAUUUUCAUCAAAAAACAACGCAUUAAUGUAGACAUGCUAUAUCUUCUGAAAAACUAACCAGUGAUGUAAUAACAGUGGCUAAUACAAACUAAGCUUGUAAGUCAGGUCUUACAUGAUGUACUUUACAUGUGCUACAUAGUUGCAAGAUCACAAGAGCUAUUUUACAAAAGAAGAAACAGGUUUUUCAGCAACUAAGUUAUACCGUCAUGAUAAUGCAGAUCCAACAUGGUAAACCCAAUACUGAAAUUGCUUCAAAUGUGCUUUAGUGGAGACCUUGCUUUUUUAAAGUCUCUGUGUAGCAUUUAUUAAAUAUAUGCAUAAGAAUGUGGGCAUGUAUAUAUAUACAUAUAUGUACACAAAUAUUUUUAUAUAGAGAGAACAUGUACAUACAGAAAAAACAUAGAAACUGAUAGCCCAUGUUAAUCUUUUGUUUAUAAUUUUAAAAUGCUUAUCAUUAUUUGACACUUUUACAAUAUAUAUAAUGUGUUUUGAUAUUUUUUGCCUCCUUUUACCAUCUCUCAUCACCUUCCUACUUACACAGAACGUGUUCUUCUUUCCAACAAAUUCCUCUCCAUUUCAUGACUAUUUAAAAUUGUUUUGUCAUCAGGUAUUUGUGAUCCACUGAAGUAAAUGAGAGUUGCUUGCAAGGGCAUGGGUGGGGUUUUAUUUAGAGCAUGGCUAACUUAUCAGCACUGAGGAAACGAGAGCCCACCCUAACAACGGAGUGUUGAGGACAUCAUCUUGUGUGGGCCUUAUACAAGUAAUUACACAGCAGUGACUCCAUGCAUGCAACAGCCCUGUUUUGUUCAUACUUUUUAUGAAGACUUGAUUAAUUGCAUAGUAUUACAAAUUCUUCCUUGUGAUAAUAAAAGAAACUUUUAUAGAUAACCUAUCAGAUUAUUACUUCCAAUAAUUUAUAAAAUAUUUGCUAAUUUUAUCCAUGUUUCAUUAAAAAGAAAGUGAUUUCUUAAGAUUCAGUUACUCUGCCACAGUCUUCUAUUUGGUAGGUGGCAAGGUUGAGAUCAUGAGCUAUAGUCACCAGCUGGAUGUGUUGGAUAAAGGACACUGAGGAUGAGAGGGACAGUGUUGGCAUCACUUACUAGGAAAAUGAAGCACAUUUGAUGAACAAACUAAUUAGCUCAGAUUUCCACAGCAGAGCAUCACUUUACCACAACGGUCAUGAAAUUUUUCUCAAUUCAUUAAUCCAUACCUCUCCCCCCACCUACAUAUGCCUUCCAUCUACCUAAUUUAUUUUUCUCUUUAUUUUCAUUUCACUUUUCUGGUAUACUGUAUGUGUUUUUUUCAGUUUUAAAGUAUACAUAGAUUCUAGCAAAGCUGUUUGGAAAACCAAGGAAUUAUUUUCUCUGCUUAGAGUCUUAAAUAGAAAGGUGGCAUAAAAAAAGAUAUAUAAAUGAUCCAAGACAUACUUUGUGUGUCCUUAUGAGAAUCUCCACUUAAUACUCAUUCUUCAGAAUCAAGCACUAAUCUUAUUUCCCUUAUGGAAUUCAUUUCGAGUCAGCAGCUGAAUCUCAAAGAUAAGGUCUCAAAUGUCUUUAUCUAUAAAAUGGGGGCAAUAAAGGGGCCUACUAGAAAGGCAAAUACUGAGGCUCAUAUUACAUUAUGCAGGUAAACUAUACAACAUGGUGCUCAGCCUAGCAGACCAUACCAAUGAUCAGUUCCUCCUUAAAUUCCUCAAGCACUUACAAGUUUGAAGCAUGAAUGACCUCAUUUAUCACUUUAUAAUGUUCUGGGAAAGUUUGUUUCAGUUGGUUCCUAUGUGAUUGUUGUUUACAUUGGUAGAUGUAAACUCAUUUAUAAAAUAGAGUAUGAUUUCAUUGUAUUUUCCAGAGUAGUUGAUAGAUUUUAAAAGUUGUAGUUGUCUAUUGAUUGAACUAUAUGAAUCGGUGUUUCUAUGAAGAGAAACCAUUGGAUUCAUCACUGAUUUUGAACCUGUGUCUUUUAUAUGAAAUUCAUUUUGUUAGGAAUAAAUGUGAACAAAAGGCAGUGGUGAGUUUCAGCAUUGUUUUUGUAAGCUUCUAAGACGAUAGAAACAUAUUCUUCAUCUUCCUUUUGUCCUUCUUUGUUUUUUAAACAUUUAAUUUUUUUUAGAUUUACUUUCUUAUUAUUUUUAAAAUUGUGUGUAUUUGUGUGUGAAAAUAUGCGUGUAACUGAAGGUGAUGGCAGAGGUUGGAGGUGGCUGCUCCUACUGGACCUGUAGUUAUGGAUGAUUGUGAGCUGCCUGUCCUUGGUGCUGGGAUCCCAACUUGUGUACUCUUGCAAGAGUAGUACGUAUCUAAACUUAUGAGUUAUCUCCUUAUUCCUUUCCUUAUGACCACCCAUAAUGAUUGUACAUAUUUGUGUACCAUACCACAACACUCUAGUUCAUGUUUAUACUGUGUAAUGAUAAAAUCUGAGGCACAUUUAUCAGCACUUGGGGUUAGCCAAUGAAUGGCAAUAUAGUACUGAAAAGGACACUUACAAAAGAAACCAAAGAAAUCACAUUCAUACACAGCCAUUCAGGACAAGAAAAGGAAUAGCCAAGUGACUUUUGAUCAUUUUAGUCAUUUCACUUUCACAGAUAUCAGAGUCUGUGAUGUGCUAAAUGCAGUGAUUUUCUGGUGGUUGGUAAUAUGCAAGCUUCAUUCCAUUCCUAAAUGGUGCAGAAAUGGGUCAGUUUCAAAUUUUAACUUCAAUCAUCUUCAAAGAAAAGCUGUUUAAAAGCCCCUCUUAGAAAUGAUGUUCUUUAAAUAGUUUAGACUUAAUGCCACAAAAUAGUGCACCUAUUUUUUCUUUUUGUUCUUGCUCCUUUCAUAUCUUAACUUCUUUUAAAAUCUCCUACCUUGGCAGCUUGAAAAAGGACCUAGAUUAGUGCUGUCAUUUCAUCUGACAUUUAGGCAUGUUUGUGACAAGAGUUUAAUGACAUUCUUUAAGUCUUAUUUAGUUAAGUACUUCCCCAAACUCAUAGCAUAUUAAGUACAAAAUGUUCUGUAGUUGGCAAUAUUCUUCAGGUCAUGAGUGAUUGUUUAAUUUGACAUGCAUUAAACUCGGUGAUUGAUAUAGCAAGAAAACCAGAAUUAUGUUUCAUGUUUUGCCCUAUUUUCUGUGUUAAUUUUGUUAUGUUUUCAUAUGCAGACAUGGUUCCCUAAUGUAUGAGAAUCUUAGUUAAUGAGUUACAAGCAUAUAUCAGGCACCUAUUACAGUCAGUCAUUGAGGACUCAAAGACUAAAAUCCACAGUGUUAGUCCAGUAAGAGUCAAAAAAAGAGUCAUGCUGUUCAUCUUGAGAAUGACUUAUAAUUAAUUUACAAUAAAUCAAGAACACUGAUAGUAGUGUAAACUUACUCUCAGAUUUUUACUAUUACCCUAGAACUGCAGAAAUACUGGAGAAAUACUUGCAGAAGUUCUAUAUUCAAUUACAUAAUGGGGACCUGUUAUAACUGUGUAUGUAUGUUUAUAGAGCAAAUAUUCAGCAAGGCUAUGUUGGGAAUGUGUUUCUUUUCCCUCCAUAGGUAUGAAGAUACUGAGGAGGCUAGAUAUUGGAUAGUUAAUUUAGAAUGAAAAUUGCCAAGAUAUUGUGGAAAGGCAGAAAAGGUAAUGAAGAAUUAUAUCAGAGAAAGUUAAACUGAGACAUCAACUUAAUCCUUGAACAGCAAAAAGUCGUGAAGUAAGGGAUAGCAUCCAGAUGAUGAUGGGGAGAAAGUAGUCAGUCUUUGCAGCUUAUUGAAACAAUAUUUGGUAAUUGUUGGUAAAGUCAAAUAGAGAGAAAAGUACCAACAUGAGCAUGCUAACUGAAAAUAGGCUAUUUCCUUCUUCAGAGAUGAAUAUACCAUAAAUGUAACAGUGCAGGAGGAAGCUGAAUAUUGUAGCUAGUGUUUAAGGAAGAAGUAAGGGAAUGGGCCAUUGUAGCACAGUGAGCAGUGUGUGUGUGUGUGUGUGUGUGUGUGUGUGUGUGUGUGUGUGUGUGUGUGAUAUAGGUAUAAAUAUAGAUGAUUUAGUUUAACAGCAAAUUUGUCUAUUUCUUUCAUAUACUUUUUUUUACAGAUAACAUGAUAAAUAAAGUAGUGAAGUGUGUUAACUAUACAAUUUGAGAAAGCAUCAUUAGCACCAUGAUGGUGGCAAUUAUCAAUGUCUUUCAAAAAAAGUUUGAUUUUAUGUGUAUGAUUCUUUUGCCUACAUUUAUAUUUGUGUACCACAUGUGUGCCUGGUGCCUGAGGAGGUCAGAAGAAGGUAUUAGAUCCCCUGGAACUAGAGUUACAUAUAGGUUGUGCACCAUUGUGUGGGUGAUGGGACUAAACAUGGGUCCUCUGUAAUAGAAGCAAGUGUUUUUACCGUGGGGUUAUCUCUACAGCCCCAUGAUCAAUUUCUUAGUUUGCUUGCUAUAUGUAACUUAUUUUGUGAGUGGCCAUACGUAUGGUGUGUCUCAUCUUGGCAACAAACUGUAAGAUGAGCUGUGUGAUUAUACAUAUAACUUGAUGGCUGACCAAGGAGGUCCUUCAUAAGCCAUUUUGGUAACUGUGUAGAAUAUAUGUGUAAUAAAUGGUUGGCUUGGAUUUGAGCCCUGUCUCUUUGCAUCAGAAAGCUACCUAGGAAUAACCAAAGAAGAUGGCACUUUGUCUCUGCUUCAAGUUCUCCAGUGUUGGUUUGAGCACAUAACCCAGUACUUAGAUUUCUAUUUCUCUGUUAUUUGUGAAGGUAAGCUAGAAUAUAUCUCAAUCUGUUAUAAUUAAGAUGUCUGGGUCACUGCAUGCUCAUCCAAUCUCUGAAUCAAUGCACUAUCUUCUCUGUUCUUUAACAUGGAUGUAGUUUAUUACAUAUAACAUGCCAAGACCUGAUUAAGCAGAGGUUAGUUUUUCUGGGAUCACUGAGUCAGGUAUAAUUAAAUAUUCAGGUUAUUUUAUAUUCACCCAUAUGUAAAGAAUUCAUGUUGCUCCACCAGCAAUAAAAACAUCAUUUAUAUUGUACUUUCCAUGUGCCAUAGAGUAUUUUAAACAUUAUAUAUAUUCUCAUAUAAUCUUCACAAAAAUCCUUUUUAUAGAUGAGGAAAUUGAAGCACCAACAGGUCUAAGUGAUUUGCCCAAAGUCACACAGCUGCUAUGUAACAGAGCCAAGAUUUAAAGCCAGAUACACUGCAUCCAAAUAUAUGUUCAGAAACUAGUACAGAUUUCUGCCCUUCAGUUAUAACCCCAAUGAAGGCCUCCAUCCUGCCUUCUUCUCUCACAUACCCUAGCCCACCUCAUUUCUGAUUUUAUGUGACUGUUAUCUCAAUGUUCACAUAAUUAAAAAUUUAAAUCUUCUGUUGAAAUUCUGUCCCACUUAUAAACAAGAUAUUGCUUAACUUCAAGUUUAGCAAAAUCACAGAAAAGUAAUGCACUUUCCAAAACUCUAGCAUGGCAUAAAAUAUGUUUGUCAAGCCCAAAGUCCUCACUUAAUCAGAGAGUAGAUUAUGUAACCCACAAUUUGCUGUCAUUUUUGAAAUUUUAAACAUUAAAAAACAAACUCAAGCAAGUAUUCUUCUGAACUUUGACUUGAAAUAAACUAUUUAUAUGCAUCUAUGUAUCCAAUAAGUAAUAUUUAUUUCUAACAUAUGAUCAAGGGAAUGUUGGGGGAAAUACUUAAAGAACUACUUUGCCCUUGCAGAAUAUAUGCUAUAUUGGGCGAGAGAAUAUAGGAAUAUACAGAUAAUGGGGAAGUAUUUAUUAUAUAGAGAGCAAAGGACACCGUGAGACGUACACUGAACUUUAGGGCAUAGUGGCUGGCUGUCAUGAGAAUUUAGGUGGUGAGUCUUGCAUUAUGCUGGUACUCAGUAGAUUAAAAAAAGAAUAGCACAGAAGCAAGCCAGCUCAUGGCUGUAUAUAUCAUUAGUUGGCUUAUGAUAUUCACCGAGUAGAAGGAGGAUUGUUUUAGAAUUGUGAUGUAAUUUAUAAACUAUUAGCAUGUUGCUAGGAUUUUCUCAAUUUGCUCUAUUACUUUUUGAAUAACUGUAGCACAGUUACUGACUGUAGCAUUGUACUGAGUUACUGAGUUAUAUCAGGAGCUCAAGAAAUACCUCGUGAUUGAAUUCAUUACUUACAUAAUGAAAGUAUAAAACCUAUGAAUGUCAGUGUAUGAAAGAACCACACUCUCAUUGGAAAAUCUGUAUUAUUAACAUAAAUUAAUUUUUAUUUGACCUUUCCCCGCCUAUGUCAACAAUAGGAGUGGGCCAACCCAUUUUUAUAGGAUAGAAAAAGAAACAGCUUCAAAGUACACAAUGCUUGAAACAAACUUUUCUCAGUGUUUUGGUCUAUUUUGCAGCAAGUUCCAGUCUGUAAGCUACUGAGUAAAAUUAUUCAUUCCUUCUGGUUUAUUUGACUAAGCUGCCAAUUUUCUCCUUGCUAUUUUGAGGAGAUAAUUUUCCCACAACAUAAUAUACAUCUCUGAAUUUCCAGCUUUUUGCUCAGCCUCAGAUGAUUUAGCAGUUUCAAGAGGCAUCAGUUUGGGUAUGACUUAUUUCAUUUCACUUAAAUGAAUUAGAGCAUAUUAUGUAAGAAAAAUAUCUAUUGUAAAAGACAAUUAUUAUGUAUUUUUGGUCAGUUUCCCAAUAGUUUUAAGAAGGCAGAACUUUCCAUUUAACUUGUGUAUGAGAUGCUUACUUAAUAUUUUCUUGUAGCUGAUUCCAUAAGAUAUUUGCCCCACCCUGUUUUCUUUCUGGACUAGUACAUGAUAGAGUUCCUCAAAGUGCCAUUUAUCAUCCUUUUUAGUGAUCUUGAAUGCCCACUUCUCACAUUUGUCCACAUUUACAAUUUCUUUUUGUCCAGUUCUUUGAUGCUUGAGAAUUAACAUUUACAAAUUGUCAAAAGAUUGUGGGGACUCUGUGUGUACAAAGAGCAGAAAGCCAAUGUUUGUUUUAUAUACAAAAUAGGUAUGUUAUUAUCUUUAGUUUAAAAACUGAGAGUCCAUGUGAAUAAAUGUGGCUAGUCAGUUGAAUAUAUUUUUAAAAUACUAUUACCAUUAAGACUAAUAUGUGGCAUAGAGCUUGACACUUCAAUAUUUGUUGACUAAGUCAAUGAAUGGAAAAUAUGAAUGAAUCAACUCUAUUCUCUUCAAUACUAACAGUAACAGAAAUCUUAGGUCAAAACAGUAUCACAGAAGAUUCUAAUUAAGCCUAUUCAAACAUUGUUGUUUUGAGACCUAUCUAAAGAUUUGUAAUAACUGAAGGAAAUUUAGAUGACUUUUUUUUAACAUUAGUCUACCUGGUUUCUUUGAACUCUCUCACAUGAGGCAAGUGCUGUCCUUGCCCUCCCGUUGCAUAUAACUUUGAGCUUUGAUUUGAUUGCAUGGGUUAUCUCUAACCAGAAUGGUUCUGGCUAGGAGAACAGUGAGAGUCACUCUGAAUUAUUCCAGUCAAGUUAUCCCUAGAACACACAGACAUGCUCUCUGGAAUGUAUGAAGAAAGGACUUGGUCAUCUUCUAAGACCUGAUUGAGAAUGUCUGUGAUAUGGCCAUCCUACUUGGAAGGUGGCCAAUGGAGGCCUUUGUGGACCUUGAAUGCUCUUUUCUGGAAUUGUAAGCAGGGACCUGGCAACCACUGAGUAACCUGAAAAUUACUUUCUUUAAGGAGGUCUGUAACUAAAGAGUGGGGAGGGCAGUGCAGGGGUGUGUGUGAGUGUACAGCAACAGUUGUGCAAUUGACCUUCGGUGAUUGAUUCUUCCAUGAAAACGUGAGUUCAUGGGAUUUUUUUCUGAGAAAAAUCUGAGUUUAUAGGUGGAAACUAUAUUGAAAUGUCAUGCUUCGCUGGUCAAUUGGUUAAAAAAAAUAGGUGGGAAAUAGUCAUUUGUAGUAAAGAGGCAGACAUAACUGACAGUUAUUUUUUCCAGAUGCCUAAUUGUGACAGCAAACUAAUUAUUUAAUAAAAAAA